ACUCAGUGUGCUGCUAUGGGAACAGGUGCGCGUGCAAGAAAGGCGCGCGAGCGCAUUGGAAAUAUUAGCGGGAAGGGCCCUGCGUCACCAGUUUCUUUCUCUGGGAAGGUAGGGGAAUACUAUGACCUGAUUGGUUUAGCGCGUGUUGUUGACCAGAGCGUGCCUAGCGCAGACCGUCAUUUGUCCAGCAGGUGGCGCGCGCACACCAGGACGCCGGGCGCGCGCCACUCAAAACCAAAAUCAAAAGAAGUCGAGCAGCAGGAACGGAAAGAAACAGGAAGAACUAGAGAAGAAGACGACAUCGGCACCACAAUGAAUAGGAGACUAAUCAAGGAGCUUGAAGAAAUCCGCAAAUGUGGGACAAAGCAUUUCCGCAGCAUUCAAGUGGACGAAUCAAAUCUUUUGAACUGGCAAGGCCUUCUCGUUCCUGAUUGUCCUCCAUAUGACAAGGGAGCAUUUCGGAUUGAGCUCAUCUUUCCCGCGGAGUACCCCUUCAAGCCACCGAAGGUCACGUUCAAGACAAAAAUCUACCACCCCAACAUCGACGAGAAGGGCCAGGUGUGCCUGCCCAUCAUCAGCGUCGAGAACUGGAAGCCAGCCACAAGAACGGAUCAAGUGAUUCACAAUCUCGUUAGUCUGGUGAACAGCCCUCAGCCGGAGCACCCGCUGCGGGCCGACCUGGCGGAGGAGUACAGCAAAGACCGUGCGAAAUUCAUGAAGAACGCCGAGGAGUUUACAAAGAAACACAGUGAAAAGCGACCCGUUGACUGACGACACAACGCUGCCGUUGGCCUCCUUUCUGUUUCCUGUUUAAAGAGCCUGCCCCCCCCCCCCGCCCCCAACACAGAUGCCCAGUUCUUGCGUACCUGCUUGUAUUAGCACACUCCGACCACUAAAUAGAGGCUUGUUUCGGUUUCACUUUGCCCAAAAAGAGCAGCAUAAAAAAAGCAGGACUUUUUGGUGAAGAGGCGGGCUCUGGCCACUAGGUGUCACCGUUGGUUGUUAUGACUUCUUUUUACCGAUUUCUUUUUGGGAAAAAAAUAAGAAAUUGUCCAGGUUGGCGUCCUGGAAAGUAAAAUAUCAUAAAUAAUAAAUAAA